AUGGACCACCCCAUGCAGGAUGCUCCGGCCGACGUGCUGGCUGAUGCCAGACGAACGCUCGAGGCUUUGAAGAGCUCGGGACUCUCGCGCGAAGUAUUGUUGCAAAUGUGGGAGGCCGGCGAAGACAGGACGCACCAACUGCAACACCAGCUUCAACAGCAGCAGCAACAGCAGCAGCAACAACAACAACAACAACAACAGCAACAGACAUCACAAGACGCCCCCCUAGAGGAUGCGUCCACACGAGCAAUCUGCCACGGUCAAAUAGGUCACCGACCGCGUAUCUCCGUUUCGUCGACCAGCUCGGGUUCUUCCGGCCAUGCCAGUAUCUGGUCGAUGGGUUCCGCCAACUCCAAUGCUACCGUCGCGACACACUACUCCCAAGCUUCCCAUGCCCCUUCCACCACCCAAUGUGCACCCCAGUCCUCAGUCGGUGCUCCAGGCAGCCUCCCCCAGGUAGCAAGCGCCCAAACAGGUUGGGGUCCCGGCCGUUUCAACUUCUAUUGGUGCACUUCCUGCGAGACACGGUUUAAGCGCAAGUACGACUGGAAGCGUCAUGAAGAGGAGUUCCAUGAGCGCUGGAAGAAGUACCCUUGCCCUGAGCCUGGCUGUAACAGGAGUUUUUGGGGGGCGAACACCUUUAAUCAACACCACAAGGCCUCGCACGGCUGCAAAACGUGCCCCCAUUCUGAAAAGGUUGUCAAGUAUCUCAAGAGGAGAAAGUACUGGGCUUGCGGCUUUUGCUCGGCUCUUCAUCCUUCAAGGGAGCGCCAUGUCGAACACGUCGCCAGGCAUUUCGAGUCGGGAAAAACAAAGUCGGACUGGAUGCACUCAAGAGUGAUCUACGGUCUUUUGCACCAGCCCUUGAUCCAUGAGGCCUGGAAGGACGUCCUCAUGUCCAAGGCGAACGAGUUCAGUGGCCGUCAACCCAACUUCAGCUGGAAUCCCACACAGACCGGUCGUGCGCAGGGCUUCAUGGAGAAUGAGAGCCCGGGCCAACUCCAGGACCUUCUCGAGUUCUUUUCUGGUUCCAGCGCCGAAGCCGAGUCCAUUGUCACCAUCGCCUACAAGCUUGCGGACCUCGUCUUCCUCCCCGUUCCGGCAUCACCGCCGAUGCAAUAUUCACAAUGCUUCGCCCCUCCCCCUUCUACUCUCCCUCAACAAUACCCGCCCCAGCCACUACUUCCUCCUCCUUCGAUUCCCUCUCAGACUCUGCCGACCCAGUCGCCUCAGCCCCCAGUACUAGCCUCGCAGGACUCGUCCUCUCCGUUCAUGGACCAAAUGAGGGCUCAGUCGAUGAUGCAACAGUCAAUGUUCCACACGCCGCAGCCGCGCGCCAAUACCGAGCCUCUACGACGAGCAUCUCUCGACAGAGAGCUUCCACCACCGCCGCAAGAAAAUCAGCCAAUGAAUUUUCAGUUCAUGCCCGAAAACAUGGUCUCAUUUGAGGACUGGGAGAGCUUCUCCAGCACCGUGGUUGACGAGAACGCACCGCAACCUACGCCAAUGUCGACAGAAUGGCCAAUGGUUCCUGUACAAUAUUACAACGCCCCUGUAGGGCCAUGA